AUGAGGCAACGAAGAGAAUUGCCAGUACUGACACUCGCAUGCACAUUUACAGCUCACCGAACAUCUGCCAGCCUGUCCAAACUCAACAUUCCACAAUGUGGUGAUGGAGCCAGCAUCAAGCAUGCCCCGACAUACUCUUCUUUCUCUUUCGAGCCAGCUUUCUGGGUCGAGUUCUUUGGCAACGCGUCCAGUCCUAACAGUUUCACCUUCAACGCGAUUGACAUUCUCCAUGAGCAUGGCGGAAGACCAAGCAUUCGUCCUGGCGGAAUCACAAUGGAUUCGAUGAUAUUCGAGCCAAAUGCAAGCGACCCAGUCCGCACAACGAAUGAGAAGGGCGGCGUGUAUCGCACGACUGUGGGCUCUGCAUACUACGAAAGCUGGUCGAACUUUCCCGGAGGAACAGAAUUCGUGUCGACACUCAACUUUGGCAACGAGAGUCUCGAUAUCGCUCGAGACAUGGCGGUAGCGUCGAUCAAAUACCAGCCCGACCUGGUGAAGUACUUCGAGCUCGGCAACGAGCCCACAAACUACGAUCCAGACCGAUGGGCGAACAGCACCGAGAACUAUGUCAAGCAAUGGCAAGAAUACACUUCUGCCAUCGAUGCCGCAGUGGACGCGGAAGCUGGCCAGGCUAUCUCAUCUCGGCUAGGAACAGGACGUUGGUGGGCAUCAUCCGCCACAACAGACGAAACACCUCUCCACGUUCGCCCAGCAGACAUCAUCCCCGCCGGGAUCGACUCGCAGAAGCAAGUCUCUGAGUACAGCAUCCACAGCUAUGCCUUCGCAACAUGCGACCCAGAACGUCUCGCCCUCGCCACAAUCCCGAAUAUCCUCAACCACACCGGCCUAAGAGAGUACGCCGACACCGAGAUCGUGCCCUCUGCGAACGCUGCCCUCGCCGCCGGGCAGCCUUGGAUCAUCGGAGAAUUCAACAGUAUCGCAUGCUCUGGCAACCCCAAUGUCAGUGAUACCUUCGCUCAAGCACUCUGGGAAGUCGACACCGAACUCAUCUACGCCGUACGCAAUGCCUCUGCAUGCUACCUGCACCAAGGCGCCACACUCGUCUUCCAGAGUAAUCAACAAAGUAAUACCGCUGGAGAUGACGGGAGUCCAGGCUUCUCGACUUAUAGCAUGCUCUACCCAAUCACAUCAUCCAAACGUGGUCCACAGCGCGUCAACCCGGGAUUCGUGGGCUUGGUCUUUCUCGCUGAAGCUUUCGCUCGAGAAGGAACGCGAGUAACCGCGUUGGAUACUCCAGAAGGUCUGAGCGAGGACCAUUUCUCAGCGUAUGCCUUCUAUUCUGGCGAGCAAGACAAGCUGAGCAAAUUAGCCUUGAUCAAUAUGAGACCGUUCUAUGCCAAUUGGACAGAAGACUAUACCGUAAGCUUCAAUGUCUUUGAGGGGCAGCAGGCCAAAAGGGGAGGAUAUGGACGCAGAUAUGGUGGUCAUCGUGCUCGAGCUUGGGUCAAGCGUAUGACAGCUCCGUAUGUUGAUGAGAAGGACUCUGAUAAGGUGACGUGGGCGGGGCAGUCCUUCAGAAACGCUACUGCGAGUGGAAAUGUGGAGAUCGAGGAGGUCGGAGCAGAUGGUGUGGUGAGCGUCCGAGGCAGUGAGGCGGUGUUGGUCUUCUACGACAGAGGUGAUGUCUAUGGUCUGUCAGCAGCCGAUGAUAAGCACGAAGGCUUUUGGCAGAAGUGGUCGAAGUGGUGGUAA